GAAGGCACAAAGCUUCGAUCUGAAUAACCCUUCAUUUCCGCAAAACCCUUUCUUCUUCUUCUUCUUCUUCUUCUCUUUCUCGGUUUCGUCGGUGUUCUUCUACGUGGAACAAUGAAGGCCUCACUUCUCAGAUCCGUUCGUUCUGCCGUUUCGAGGUCCUCAGCGUCGAAUCACCUCUUGAGACGUAGCUUUGGGACCGAAUCGGUGCCGGAAAGGAAAGUCACCGUACUCGGUGCCGCUGGUGGGAUUGGGCAGCCAUUGUCGCUUCUUAUGAAGCUCAAUCCACUUGUUUCUAGGCUCGCACUCUACGAUAUCGCUGGUACUCCUGGUGUUGCCGCCGAUGUCGGUCAUGUUAACACUAGAUCCGAGGUUACCGGCUACGCUGGUGAGGAGCAACUCGCCAAAGCUUUGGAGGGAUCUGAUGUUGUCAUCAUUCCUGCCGGUGUUCCGAGAAAGCCUGGGAUGACCCGUGAUGAUCUCUUCAACAUCAAUGCUGGCAUUGUUAAAUCACUUUGCACAGCCAUUGCUAAGUACUGCCCCAAUGCUCUUGUUAACAUGAUCAGUAACCCCGUCAACUCAACUGUCCCAAUUGCUGCUGAGGUUUUCAAGAAAGCUGGUACUUACGAUGAAAGGAAGUUGUUUGGUGUUACUACUCUUGAUGUCGUCAGGGCCAAGACCUUUUAUGCUGGGAAAGCUAAUGCUCCAGUAUCUGAGGUUAAUGUGCCUGUUAUUGGUGGCCAUGCUGGUAUUACUAUUCUUCCACUAUUUUCUCAGGCUACCCCAAAAGCUAAUUUGUCAGAUGAUACUAUUUUGGCUCUCACCAAGCGAACUCAAGAUGGAGGAACAGAAGUUGUGGAAGCAAAGGCAGGAAAGGGUUCUGCUACAUUAUCAAUGGCCUAUGCUGGAGCCCUUUUCGCCGAUGCUUGUCUCAAGGGAUUGAAUGGGGUUCCAGAUGUUGUGGAAUGCACGUUUGUGCAAUCAACUGUCACUGAACUUCCAUUCUUUGCCUCAAAGGUUAAGCUUGGAAAGAAUGGAGUAGAACAAGUUUUGGAUUUGGGUACUCUCUCAGACUUCGAGAAAGAAGGUUUGGAAAAGCUCAAGCCCGAGCUCAAAGCUUCUAUUGAGAAAGGAAUCCAGUUUGCAAACGCCAAUUAGAAGAUGUUUAUAUUAUUUACAAUCAGGACAGGUAUCUCUGCCCGCAUCACCAUAAAACUCGUCAAUUUUUUGCUUUCCCCGACCCAAUUGUAACUGAUAAUGCUGCUUACGAGCAACCGGCUUUACUGUUUUUGUUAGGUUAGAUCAUUUUCUGUCGUAUAAAUUUUAUCAAUAAUUCCCCGUGGCAUGUUUUUGUGGGAUUUCUGGUUGGUUACUUCUGAACCUGUGAUAACUUCAUAUUAGACUCUUCAAUUCUUAAUAUUGAGAAUCGUCCCACCAUGAUAGGUUGUGGAAAAGUUUCCUUCCA